AUGGUUUCAAUUGAUAAGUUGUACAAAUUAGUACUAUUGCUUAUUUUAGCAACCAAUAUUAGUGUCGUCAAAUCGUCGAGUAAUUUGGCAAAUGGACCUCAGCUGCUCCUUCCAGACGUAGAAGUUAGGGCAGUCGAGGAAUUACGUAAACUUGCAAAGGGGAAUGACAAGUUCUGGUAUCAACAAUGUGAUAACAAAACUAUUAUAUGUGGCAACUGUAAUAAAACAUUUUGUCACGUUACGGAAUUAUAUUUAUCAGGGAACAAUUUAUACGGGAGAAUACCACAAGAAGUCGGAAAUCUUUCUCAUUUAACAACAUUGGAUUUAAGCGGAAACAAUCUUCGAGGAGAAAUUCCUAUAUCAAUUAUCAACCUACAAUUCAUUACUUAUAUAGAUCUUUCUGAUAACUCCUUGAGUGGGCAGUUGCCACCUUUUCAGAUGGAGUCUUUACAAUUCUUGAAUUUAGGCACCAACAAGCUUAAUGGAUCACUCCCUAAAUCAUUUCUCAACCUAACAUCGCUUGAGGAACUAGGGCUUUAUGAAAACUUCUUCAGUGGAGACUUGUUGCCAUUUCAGAUGAACAACUUACAGAUUCUAUCCUUAUCCUUCAACUUACUAAAUGGAAGCAUUCCAGAAGAGCUGGGGAUGUUGGAAUGUAUGUAUCCACCUAUCAGUCAAGGACCAGGUCCUUUGACUCAGCAAGAACAAUAUCUGGAUGAGAAUGAACUCUCAGGUGCCAUCCCACAGCAGCUUGGGAAUCUUACACAGCUACAGGAACUUUGGGCUCAAGGGAAUAGCUUGACUGGGAAAAUUCCAACAUUUAUAGCCAAUUGGACGCAACUCGAUACGUUGGAUCUGUUAGGAAAUAAUUUUGAAGGCCCCUGGCCAAAGGAAAUCUCAUCAUUGGAAAGUCUCGUUUACCUAGCACUCAGCAAUGUAGUCACAAGAGGAAGUGCAUAUGAUUUUCCCGAUCUAUCGCGUAUGACUUCGUUGCAAGACUUGACAUUGAGGAAAUGUUCACUUCGUGGUCCCAUUCCGGGAUAUAUUUGGGUGCUUAAAGAAUUACAGAAUCUGGACUUGAGCUUCAACGAGUUAUCUGGACAACUGCCAAAUUUCAUUAGCACAUCUUUAACAUCUAUAUUCCUCAGGGAGAACAAGCUUAAUGGAUUAUUGCCAGGAUGGCUAACUAAGAGGAAGAACGUAAAACCACAUCGAUAUGUGGAUGUUUCUGAAAACUUGUUUAAACUUACAACCUCAGAGUUCAAUGCUUCAUCUGAUGAUCAUUACACUUGUUUGUCUACUUUAGAUGUUAAAUAG